CAAGUGGUUCUGUUGGCACACUCCUAAAUAGACUUAAACCCUAGUGUUACAGUGUACACAUUUCAAUAUUCUCUACCCUCUCAGUCUCCGUCGUUUUCUCCUGUCUCUGAUUGUGCUUUCCAUUUCAGCACCGGGAAAUGCCUCCAAAGUCUGCCAAAUCGAAGGAUGCUCCGGCUGAGCGACCUAUUCUCGGCCGAUUUUCGUCUCACCUGAAGAUUGGAAUCGUUGGGCUGCCGAAUGUUGGCAAGUCAACUCUUUUCAACACGCUAACAAAACUGUCGAUUCCUGCGGAGAACUUUCCAUUUUGUACCAUUGAGCCUAAUGAGGCCCGUGUUAAUAUCCCCGAUGAAAGAUUUGAUUGGCUUGUACAGUUGUUCAAACCCAAGAGUGAGGUAUCAGCUUUUCUGGAAAUUCAUGACAUAGCUGGACUUGUUCGAGGUGCCCAUCAAGGAGAAGGGCUGGGAAACAAUUUCUUGUCUCAUAUUCGUGCGGUGGAUGGAAUUUUUCAUGUUCUACGUGCAUUUGAUGAUCCCGAUAUAAUUCACGUUGAUGAUACUGUUGAUCCCGUGAGAGACUUAGAGACCAUACACGAAGAACUGAGGUUGAAGGAUAUUGAAUUCAUGGAAAGGAAAAUCGAGGAUCUUGAGAAAAGCAUGAAGAGGAGCAAUGACAAGCAGCUGAAAUUGGAGCAUGAGAUCUGUCUAAAGGUUAAAGCAUGGCUUGCGGAGGGAAAAGACAUUCGUUUAGGGGACUGGAAAGCUGCUGAUGUUGAGGUCCUGAAUACUUUCCAGUUGCUCACUGCAAAGCCUGUUGUUUAUUUGGUUAAUAUGACUGAGAAAGAUUACCAAAGAAAAAAGAACAAGUUUCUCCCGAAAAUUCAUGCCUGGGUGCAGGAACAUGGAGGUGACCCGAUAAUCCCGUUCAGUGGAAUUUUUGAGAAAAAUCUUACUGACAUGCCAGAAGAUGAAGCUGCCAAAUACUGUGAUGAAAACAAGGUGCAGAGUGCCAUCCCAAAGAUCAUUAAGACUGGAUUCGCGGCCAUUAAUCUGAUUUAUUUCUUUACUGCAGGCCCUGAUGAGGUGAAGUGUUGGCAAAUUAGACGGCAAUCAAAGGCUCCUCAAGCUGCAGGGACGAUCCAUACUGAUUUUGAACGAGGGUUCAUUUGUGCUGAGGUCAUGAAAUUUGAGGAUCUAAAGGAACUGGGCAGUGAGUCGGCUGUGAAGGCUGGUGGGAAGUAUAGACAGGAGGGUAAGACAUACGUAGUUCAAGAUGGCGAUAUAAUCUUCUUCAAGUUUAACGUUUCUGGUGGUGGAAAGAAGUGAGCCUGCUGUUGCUACAGGGGAGCCUUAUGUUGUCUUGUAACACUUGGCUGCAGGGCGAGAAGAUAGAAUAUAUGAACCAAAUCACUUCGUUGUGAUACAAACUUAUUCCUCAUAGCACUAUUUUUGUGUAUGCUACAUUUCUUGUAUGCUUGAUGAACAAUUAACUACCUAUACUGAGGUAAGCCGGAUUAGUUCCAGGAAAUUGUAGUUUGAUAGCUAUUUUUAGCUGAGUCUUUUUGUUAUUUGUUCUUUUGGGAUUUUUAAAGAAAUUUUUUGGUCCUAAAAGGAACCAUUUUGAUAAAA